CCCAUGUGACCCCGCCUGCGGCAUCUUAAAAGGAGGUGGCGACCGGGCCGCUUUGCUGUCCUGGUUCCAGAGUUCUCUCGGUGCCACUUAGAAGUUCACAGCAUGUGCGCCGCUCCGCUCGUGGGGGCCGCUCUCGCGGCAGCGGCCCAGCGCUCGGUGCACUCGUUCUCGGCUCGCCCGCUGGCCGGCGGGGAGCCUGUGAGCCUGGGCUCGCUGCGGGGCAAGGUGCUGCUCAUCGAGAACGUGGCGUCGCUCUGAGGCACCACCGUCCGGGACUUCACCCAGAUGAACGAUCUGCAGCGGCGCCUCGGACCCCGGGGCCUGGUCGUGCUCGGCUUCCCGUGCAACCAGUUCGGGCAUCAGGAGAACGCCAAGAACGAAGAGAUCCUGAAUUCUCUCAAGUACGUCCGACCGGGAGGCGGGUUUGAGCCCAACUUCACUCUCUUCGAGAAGUGCGAGGUGAACGGCGCACAAGCGCACCCCCUCUUUGCCUUCUUACGAGAGGCCCUGCCCGCGCCCAGCGACGACCCCUCUGCGCUCAUGACCGACCCCAAGUUCAUCAUCUGGUCUCCCGUGUGCCGCAACGAUGUCUCCUGGAACUUCGAGAAGUUCCUGGUAGGCCCCGACGGUGUGCCUGUGCGCAGGUACAGCCGCCGCUUUCCUACCAUCGACAUCGAGCCCGACAUAGAGGCCCUGCUGUCUCAGGGUCCCAGCCGUGCUUAGGGCACCCCUGUCACAGCCUUGCCCACUACGGGGGUUUUCAUCCAUGACGGUGUUUCCUCUAAACCUAUAUGGAGGAACCCCUGAAGCCCGGAAAAAUCCCCCAAAAUGGGUGCUGAUUAUGUCCAUCCCAGCCUUCUCUCUCCCAGAUCAAAGCAAAUCUGCCCACUAAUAAAAUGUCUGGUGUCAGCACAA